ACUAAGAAUUACGGGAUGGCUCGGAAAUCGCUCGCAUAAUCUGCACCCGCUCCCGCCGUCUGCACCGCGGCCCGCACACAUAGUCAAACAUGGUCCAUAUAUGGACCUACAGGCUUUCCCCAGUCUCCCAGAAAUUCAUCAUGACCCACUUCACUUGUCUAUGCAACCCCUGAGGGUUGCUAGUUCACACGCUAGACUCUCUCGAAUUCCCGGGCUCCCUUGCUAGUAGCUCUCUCGACCUUAUCCUCACGUCCUUUGUCAGAGAGACACGCCAGAGCCGCCAAGAUGGCAUUCGAUUCGGCCCUAGGCUACGACCCAAACGAUAAUCGCGCCCCGGUGCUCGAGAUAUCCAUGUAUGUCAUGGUGUCGGUCUCGCUGCUCUUCCUCGGCCUGCGCUGCGCGUGCAAGGCGCGAUACGGCAAGCCGUUCGCCGUCGACGACUACAUCCUGGUAGUAGCCUGGAUCUUUCUCGUCGCCUACACCGGCCUCGUCGUGUCGGCAACUAAGCACGGCCUCGGGCGGCAUCUCAAGACGAUCAGUCAUGCAGACCAGGUUGAGGCCCACCGCCUGCUCGGCACGGCCGACUUCUUUGUCAUCAUCUCCAUCGCUAUUAGCAAGUCCUCGUUCGCGGUGACGCUGCUGCGCCUUACCUUCCACACGUGGCACAAGGUCCUGAUCUGGACCAUCAUUAUCACCGUCAACCUGCUCAUGUGGACGACGGCCAUAUUCAUCUAUACGUCGUGCACGCCCCUCGGACGCGUCUGGGAUCCCACUGUGCCGGGAACGUGCUGGAACUCCAGGAGGCUGCUGGAUUACAACGUUUUCUCCGGGGCUUGGUCGGCCUCGAUGGACUUUGUCCUUGCCUUGUUUCCAUGGCUGCUCAUCAUGCGUCUGAACAUGCGGUGGGUCGAGAAGAUUGGCGUCUGUGUCGCCAUGAGCCUAGGAGUGCUGUCCGGCAUCACAGGCGUCAUCAAAACCGCAUACAUCAACCACAGUGUCGGGGAGUGGACCUACCAAGCAAUCGACCUGUCCAUCUGGGCCGGCGCUGAAACGGCCGUCGUCAUCACCGCAGCAUCGAUCCCGUUCCUACGUCUCGCGCUGCGGGAAGUGCGUGGCCGGGGAUCGUCGGGCAACGCGGGCGGGAGCGGGAGCGGACAUCUGCGGCUCGACUCGCUCACGCGCAUCGGCGGUAACAAAGGCAAUAACCAAGCGUCGGUCGUGUCCGGGGGCGGCCGGUCUGCCACGGCGAAGAAUACUAGAAAGCAGGGAGUUGUAGGGGGCUUGAGCGACGACCGCAGCGAUGUCAGCAUCCUCGACGCCGAGGCCAAGGUCGGCGACGGGGUCAUUACCAAGACCAGCACGGUCAAGGUUGAUUAUUACCACGGCGCGCUGUCCGGGGACGGCGAUCUCGAGCGUCAGGAGUGGGACGAGGACAAGGACCGGAGUGUUUCGCGGUCGAGGUCUCGCUAAUUACCCCCGUAUUGUGCGACAUGUUGAAUAGUUUCCCGUUCGAGCUCAAUAUUUCUGCCUCGUACUACCCGCCUGUGUAUUCUGUAACUGGCUCAUGGCUGUCAAUCAUCCGAGGCGUGUUUUCUUUCAACCCUAGUUGGGCCACGGCGCAUUCAUACCAGCUGCUUGGAUUUGAUGCCCGUAGAUAUGCCGGUUCUUUUACCUAACCAUCGUGCAGCUUGGUUGACAUUUGCACCCUGUCUUUAUUUCCUUUUCAUUUCUUUUCA